UUUAAAGAUGACAUGUAAACUGUUUUAAGGUUUGUCAGACAAACAGAAAACCACAUUCGAACCGUGAAGUUGAAAGAAAAAAAAAAAUCAUUUGCACUGAAUGGGGAUUCUUCAGCAGAGACAAGUAUUUUGGAACUGUACAGUACCUGAGUUACUGUUCUUAGUACGCAACUGUAAUCAGAGUUGGAAUGUAAUUAGAUUUUCCUUUGAGGAACUUCUCUGCUGUAGUGAUAUGCGUGGCCUGUACUUUAUCCUGCUAAUCAACUACAUUUUGAAAGCCAGCGUUGAACUUUUUACUCAGCUACAUUUAUUCAGUGGUCAGGGGUAUACAUCAACCAAUAAAUUCAUGGACUGAGCUACUUGACUCUGUACAGUACAUGAAAUUGGCUCCACCUUAUCAAGUUCAGUUGAUUCAAAGCAUUGAUUAUCAUACGCACAGUCAAAAAAGUUUUCCUGAACAAUGAACUGCUUCCUUUGCCUUCCAGUCUGAAAACCAUUUUAGAAUGAAACAAUACAAGGUAUAAAGUUGGAAAUACAAAAAUACAAAAAGUACAAGAAUGAGAAAAAGAAGAUGUAAAUGUAGAGAUGCAAUGUACACUAUGUUAAUAUAUAGUAUCAGUACAGCUAAACAGUAUAAUAGCAUACAGUAUUAUGCAGCUAUAACUAUAAUAUACAGUAUUAAUGCAGUGUAACUACUAGUGCAAAUAUGCAUACCUACAGUGAGUACAAGCAGGAGCGACUCUUACUCAUCAAUCUAUUUCUAAAUACAGUGAUGGAAUGUAAAUAAGUACAUUUAUUCAUGUACUGUACUUACCACACUUGUACUUCAUUUGAGUGUUCCCAUUUUCUGCUACUUCAUACUUCCUCUGCAUUACAUUUUGGAGGCAAAUUUUGAAGUUAACUAUUUAUUUGAUAACUUUUCUUACUAGUUACCUUUGCAGAGUGCGUGCCACAUCGGAGGCAAAGCAGCACAUUUUCACACAAUCAAUUUAUUUUGUCAGUAAUCCGAUAAAUCUGAAAAAAGCUAAAUAUUGGGUCUGAUAAACGACCAGGUGUUAUAAAUUUAAAUGUACAUUCACUGUAUUUGUAAUGUGCUCGGGAAACUUAGCAGAAAAUAACUUUUAACACAGUAUCUUUAUUUUCAUUUAUUUAUUUAUUUGAAACUUACUACUACCUACUUUUGGGUACUUAUAACAACACUGCCUCACUGUAAUCUAAUAAUAUCAUGAUUAAUGUAUCAGUUACUCUAAAACGGGCCAUUGCAACUCUGACUUCUUUGGCUACUGGUUGCAACGCGCCUUUAUUUGGUAACAUGAGAAGUGCCUGUUGAAAAUGACUCAGCCAAAGCUGUAGGGCAAGUCUGUGUGUGUGUGCGUGUGUGUGUUCGUUCCUCGGACAGAUUCCUCGGGGCUCCACCCUUGCUCUCUGCUCUUCACCGUUCCAGGAACUGUUCUUCACUGCUGCUCCACAUCUGUCCACCACAGCACAGAUCCCAGAGCAGCGGACACAGACCAGCUGCUCCACAGCACCACUUUUUAACCCGUUUGCCGAGGCUGUUGGAGUCCUCUCAGGGUGCUGGGUGAGCAGAGAGAGGGUGUGGUGGACUGCCUCGUUUUAACACGACCGGACUCCCGCUGACAACUCUCACUUGGUGCAAUGUCCAGGUCAGACUACCCUCCAGGGUACGAUGACUCCCGGGGCCCGAUGUACGCUCCUCAGGGUGGUAAUUACCCACCGCCCCCUGCGUACGGCUUCCCUGCAUAUGGUGGUCCCCAACCAGGCCAGCCCUCUGCUCCCUACCCAAUGGGUCCAAACACCCCGCUGUACCCAGGCCAGCCAGGGGGCUAUCCUCCUGGCCCGUACUCAGGACAGCCUCACCCUGGUGGGCAUCCAGGAGCUGGCUACCCCAGUCCCCCUCCCAUGCCCCCUGUCAUCCCACCUACCAUACCAUCAGAUGUCUUGAGCUCUGGCGACGAGUUUGCGGCGCACGGCAGCGGUUGGGACAGCUUGAGCAUUCGUCACGCCUUCAUCAGAAAGGUGUAUUUGAUCUUGGCCGCUCAGCUCCUCGUCACCACAGCCAUUGUGGCCGUUUUCACGUUUGUCCAACCUGUCAGAUAUUUCGUGCAGAGAAACAGAGCGAUUUACUGGGCGUCUUAUGCCGUGUAUAUCGUGACCCACCUCGUGCUGGUCUGCUGUAAGGGCCCCCGGAGGAAGUUCCCAUGGAACCUCAUUCUGCUGUCCAUCUUUACCCUGGCUAUGUCGUACAUGACUGGAUCCAUUUCCAGUUAUUAUGACACAAAAGCAGUGUUUCUGGCUCUGGGUAUCACUGCCGUCGUCUGCAUCGCUGUCACCGUCUUCUGCUUCCAGACAAAGGUGGACUUCACCAAGUGCCAGGGCCUCUUCUGUGUCCUCGGGAUUGUAAUGUUUGUGACCGGAAUCAUCACAUGCAUUGUGCUGUCCUUCAAAUAUAUUCCGUGGCUUCACAUGCUUUAUGCAGCUAUGGGAGCCAUAGCCUUCACCCUGUUCUUAGCGUACCACACGCAGCUGCUGAUAGGGAACAGGAAGCACUCCAUUGGUCCUGAGGAGUACGUGUUCGCUGCGCUCUCCAUCUACGUUGACAUCGUCCAGAUCUUCAUUUUCCUACUGCAGAUUAUCGGCGCUGCGACCAAAUAGGUGCACACAAGGGCACACGACCAGCUUGGGUCAUCAGGGUGCAAAACCAUACCAUGCUUUUUAAAACAUUUAACACAUAACAGCUUUGUUUUCAGAAUCAGAAUACCAAUAUGAAAUCAUGAUGCACUCCAAGGAAGGGCUGAAUUUUUAAAUUUGAGAUUUUGUCACAGUAUAGGUUAAUCCUAUGCACAUAAAAUGCACUUUUUCUGAAAUCAAUAUUUGUCUGUCUGCAUUGGGCAUAUUACCAGUGGUAAAACAAUAAUACUGUAAAUACUGCAAAUAUCUAUAGACACUGGAAUGUCGGCUGCAAAAUUUAUUCACUCUUGCUGGACUCAAGUUAAGGCAGACAGUGCCUGAGCUUCUUUCUCUGCAUGUAGAUGUAUUUAACAUAAACUGGGUCCAUUUGAAUGUUAAGGAAAUGGGCAUCUAUGUUUGUUGUAUAGGUCAAACUCUUAAUUUGUUGAUGGAAAGACCCACCUCUCCAGUUGGCAUUGAAGUACAGCAGGGGUGGGCAGUAUAUGUGUCAGGAUUUAUGAAGUGAAUGAAUCACGAAUCAAUAGGAGACUUUUAAUGUAUUUCAGUUACCACUCAAUAAUUUCUAAACAUUAGACAUGUCAUAUUUAUACUCACUGUUAAGUACAUGGAAUAGUUAUGCUUCAUUCCUUUCUGUGGGCAAUUGAGGUGAACAAGUCACAUCUGUCUAGACUACAGCCAGCAGCUGUUUAGUUUGGCGUAGCAUAAAGAUUGAAAACAGGAAAACAUCUCACCUUGCGCUGACAGAAGGUAAAAAUCUGCCUCUCAGCACCUCUAAAAUCUCUGACUUCACAUGUAUUGUCUUUUUCAUAUAUUCCAUAAGAAAGUGUAAAAAUCACCAGGUCAUGCUUAUGUGGAUAUUAUGUGUUCUUCUUGGCUUCUAGCAGUAAUUUUCAUAAAUCUAUAGUGAAGCUGUCAUUUCUUAUAAGGUUUUUUUUUUUUUACAAAUUGAUUAACAAGGUACUAAUGUUACUAUGUGAGUUGAAGAGGUGCUGCUAGGUGGAUUUUGUUACCUUUGACAGUCAGGCUUACAGCUUCCCAUUGUUUCAAGUCUUAAUGCCAUGCUAAGCUAACCAGCUGCCUGCUGGCUGUAGGCUCACAUUUGCUGUACAGAUAGUGGUCUCGAUCAUCUCAUCUGUCAGCAAGAAAGUAUUUUUUUACUAGCUGCACAGCUAAUUGAGCUAACUCGCUAAUGGAAGGCACAGUUGGCAGCAGUUAGCGGUUAUGAUAGCAACAUGCUGGCCCCUAAUUGUUUCAACAAGUGGCCAUUGCAUACAUAUGUACAUUUUAAGUUGACUCCACUGCACUGAUGUCCCUUUUCCACCAACAUGGUACCAGUUGAGUUGUUGGAACCAUGAAAUAGCACGUAAUUCUUUGCCACGGUGCAGGUCAUCACAUUGUGCAACACCUUCAAGUGAUUGCACAUCCAGGAUCACAAAGGUCCUGUACAUAAGAUAGCACCAGGUUGUUUUUGUUUGUUCUUUAAGAAAUGGAAACAGAACUAGUUAAAAAAACAGAGCUAAUUUGAUGAAGAGUGUUUAUAGGCCAUGUUACAAAAACAUAUUACAUGGUGUAUGAUGUUAUAAUUUGGUAUUGGUCCUAAUGACACAAGCAGGGAUGCUCAAAACUACACUUACAUCAGCAGUAUUGAAACUUUGGUGAUUGGUUUUCCCACCCCUUAAAUCCAGUUCAGCCCACCUGCCUACAGCCUCAGAUCUGCUGUUGUGGGUUCAUAUCACAAGGCCUAUGCUGAUCAUCUUUAACACGUGUUGCUAUAAACUGUUUAUACAUACAUCACUACAGUGCCUUCACAACAAUGUUCCUGAGAUUAGAUUUUUUUACUUAAAGUACAUGUUGCAGUACUCCAUAAGCUUUUAUUAUAUUGUUACAUACUGUAUGUGCCUGUUUAUAUCUUCUUGUGUUCCAGUCAGAUGUGGGUCUGUGCCAGCUGGGUGGGUGUGGCCAUACAGCAACACAAUCAAUACCGCAUUGUUAAAUUAUUGAAAUAUUCCUGAACGUCAGUGAGCUCCAGCUAAUGUGGAGCUUUCCUGAGAUGGUCCACACCACUCAGCUGGUCCUCCACACACAAGUACAUCAGACCUGACCAAAGUUACAUACACCCCUCGACUAUGACCAACAUUUUGUGUAGUACAGCUAGUCAGUGCGGGCUUUGUAAAUAUACAUAUCAAUGAUGAGGAGAGUCUGUUUGUCUUUUCAUAUCAAAUAAAAUUUGUAUUUGUGAGUUU